AGGCACCACAGAGUCCCCCAAAACACAGCCCACUGCCCCACAGUCAGCUGCAGAGUCUGUUGCUGGGAAAUUGUUUGGAUUUCGUGGCACCAAGGAAUCACGAAAAACUCAACCCAGUGACUCACAAUCGGUUGCAGAGUCAGUCACUGGGAAAUUGUUUGGAGGCACUGCUGAGACACCAAAAACCCAGCCGACUGGGCAAAAAUCAGCUGCAGAGUCAAUCACUGGGAAGUUGUUUGGAAGCACCACUGAGACAGCAAAAACUCAGCCCAGUGCCCCGCAGUCAGCUGCAGAGUCUGUUCCUGGGAAAUUGUUUGGAUUCAGUGGCACCAAGGAAUCACCAAAAACUCAGCACAGUGACUCACAAUCGGUUGCAGAAUCAGUCACUGGGAAAUUGUUUGGAUUUGGAGGCACCACAGAGUCCCCAAAAAUUCAGCCCACUGCCCAACAGUCAGCUGCAGAAUUGAUCACUGGGAAGUUGUUUGGAAACACUACGGAGUCCCCAAAAACUCAGCCCACUGCACCAGAGCCAGCUGCGUCAAUCACUGGAAAAUUGUUUGGGUUUGGUGGCAGCAAAGAAUCACCCAAACCUCAACCUGCUAUCUCACAGCCGACAACAGAGUCAAUUACUGGGAAGUUUGGGUUUGGAGGCACCAUGAAGUCCCCAAAAACUGAACCCACUGCCCCCCAGUCAGCUGCAGAGCUAGUUACCGAGGUGUUGCUUGGUGGCACCACAGAGUCCCCAAAUACUGAGCCUAUUGUCCCAGAGUCAGCUACAGAGCUAGUUACCGAGGUGUUGCUUGGUGGCACCACAGAGUCCCCAAAUACUGAGCCUAUUAUCCCAGAGUCAGCUACAGAGAUAGUUACCGAGGUGUUGCUUGGUGGAACCACAGAGUCUGCAAAUACUGAACCUAUUGUCCCAGACUCAGCUACAGAGCUAGUUACCGAGGAGUUGCUUGGUGGCACCACAGAGUCCCCAAAUACUGAGCCUAUUGUCCCAGAGUCAGCUACAGAGCUAGUUACCGAGGUGUUGCUUGGUGGCACCACAGAGUCCCCAAAUACUGAGCCUAUUAUCCCAGAGUCAGCUACAGGGCUAGUUACCGAGGUGUUGCUUGGUGGCACCACAGAGUCCCCAAAUACUGAGCCUAUUGUCCCAGAGUCAGCUACAGAGCUAGUUACCGAGGAGUUGCUUGGUGGCACCACAGAGUCCCCAAAUACUGAACCUAUUGUCCCAGAGUCAGCUACAGAGCUAGUUACCGAGGUGUUGCUUGGUGGCACCACAGAGUCCCCAAAUACUGAGCCUAUUGUCCCAGAGUCAGCUACAGAGCUAGUUACCGAGGUGUUGCUUGGUGGCACCACAGAGUCCCCAAAUACUGAGCCUAUUGUCCCAGAGUCAGCAACAGAGCUAGUUACCGAGGUGUUGCUUGGUGGCACCACAGAGUCCCCAAAUACUCAGCCUAUUGUUGCAGAGUCAAUUACAGAGCUAGUUACUGGAACAUUGUUUGGAGGCACCACAGAGUCCAUAAAUACUCAGCCUACUACCCAAGAUUCAGCUAGAGAAUCAGACAGUGGAGAGAUGUCUGGUUUCAGUGGCACCAUGGAGUCCCAAGAAAUUCAGCCUAUUGCCUCACCAUCAGCUGUAGAGUUAGGUACCGGAAACCUGUUUACAGACACCACUGAUUCCCCAACAACUCAGCCCAGUGCCCCACAGUCGGUCGCAGAGUCAGUCACCGGAAAGUUGUUUGGAUUUAGUGGCACCAAGGAAUUGCCAAAAAUUCAGCCCAGUGACUCACAAUCAGCUGCAGAGUCAAUCACUGGGAAGUUGUUUGGAAACACUACGGAGUCCCCAAACACUCAACCCACUGCCUCUCAGUCUGCUUCUGAGUUUGUCACUGGGAAAUUGUUUGGAUUUGGCAACACCAAGGAAUCGCCAAAAACUCAACCCACUGCCCCACAGUCAGCUGCAGAGUCUGUCACUGGGAAAUUGUUUGGAUUUGGUGGCACCAAGGAAUCGCCAAAAACUCAACCCACUGCCCCACAGUCAGCUGCAGAGUCUGUCACUGGGAAAUUGUUUGGAUUUGGUGGCACCAAGGAAUCCCCAAAAACUCAAUCCACACCCCCACAGUCAGCUGCAGAGUUGAUCACUGGGAAGUUUUUUGGAAGCACCACUGAGACAUCAAAAACUCAACCCACUCUGUCAACUGCAGAGACUGUCACUGGGAAAUUGUUUGGAUUCACUGGCACCAAGGAAUUGCCAAAAACUCAGCCCAGUGACGCACAAUCGGCGGCAGAGGGAGUCACUGGGACGUUGUUUGGAGGCACCAUGGAGUCCUCAAAAAGUCAGCCAACUGCUUCUCAGCAAGCUGCAGAGUCAGUCACUGGGAAGUUGUUUCGAGGCACCACUGAGACACUUAAAACUCAACCCACUUCCCCACAAUCAGCGGCAGAGUCUAUCACUGGGAAAUUGUUUAGAUUUGGUGACACUAAGGAAUCAUCAAAAACUCAGCCCAGUGACUCACAAUCAGUUGCAGAGUCAGUCACUGGGAGGAUAUUUGGGUUUGGAGUUACCACGGAGACCCCAAAAACUCAACCCACAGCGUCAGAGUCAGCUGCAGAGUUGAUCACUGGGAAGUUGUUUGGAAGCACUACGGAGUCCCCAAAAAGUCAGCCAACUGCUCCUCAGCAAGCUGCAGAGUCAGUCACUGGGAAAUUGUUUGGAGGCACCACUGAGAUACUUAAAACUCAAUCAACUGUCCCACAGUCAGCUGCAGAGUCUGUCACUGGGAAAUUGUUUGGAUUCGGUGGCACCAAGGAGUCAUCAAAAUCUCAGCCCAGUGACUCGCAAUCAGUUGCAGAUUCCAUCACCGGGAAGUUGUUUGGGUUCAGUAGCACAAAAGAAUCACCAAAAACUCAGCCCAUGGACCCACAGUCUAUUGCAGAUUCAGUCACUGGGAAGCUUUCUGGAUUCAGUGGUACUAAGGAAUCGCCAGAAACUCAGUCCUCUGACUCACAGUCGGUUGCAGAGAAAUCGGUUACUGGGAAAUUAUUUGGAGGUACCACAGAGUCCCCAACGACUCAACCCACUUCCCCACAGCCAGCUGCAGAGUCAGUCAUGGGGAAAUUGUUUGAAGGCACCACAGAGUCUGCACAAACUCAGCCCACUGCCUCACAGCUGACUGAGUCGAUCACCAGCAAGUCUGGGUUUAGUGCCACUAAGGAAGCACAAAAAACUCAGCCCACUGACUCACAGCAAGUUGCAGAGACGAUUACUGGGAAGUUGUUUGGGUUCGGUGGCAACAAGGAAUUACCAAAAACUCAGCUCACUGACUCCCAGUCAAUUGCACAGUCAGUUAGCGGAAAGUUGUUUGGGUUUGGAGGCACCACUGAGACACCAAAAACUCAACCCACUGUCCCUCAAUCAGCUGCAGAAUCAAUCACUGGGAAGUGGUUUGGAGGCACCACUGAGACACCAAAAACUCAACCCACUGCCCCUCAGUCAGCUGCAGAAUCAGUCACUGGGAAGUGGUUUGGAGGUACCACUGAGAUACCAAAAACUCAAGCCACUGCCCCUCAGUCAGCAGCAGAAUCAAUCACUGGGAAGUGGUUUGGAGGCACCACUGACAUACCAAAAACUCAACCCACUGCCCCUCAGUCAGCUGCAGAGACUGUCACUGGGAAGUUGUUUGGAUUCGCUGAAACCAAGGAAUCGCCAAAAACUCAGCCCAGUGACGCACAAUUAGCGGCAGAGGGAGUCACUGAGAAGUUGUUUGGAGGCAUCCUGGAGUCCUCAAAAAUUCAGCCAACUGCCCCACAGCCAGCUGCAGAGUCAGUCACUGGGAAGUUGUUUGGAGGCACCACUGAUACACUUAAAACUCAACCCACAGCCCCACAGCCAGCUGCAGAGUCGACCACUGGGAAGUUGUUUGGGUUUGGAGGCAGAAAUGAGUCUUCAAAAUCUCAGCCUACUGCCCCCCAAUCAGCUGCAGAGUCAGUCACAGCAAAAUUUUUUGGAUUUGGUGCCAGCAAAGAGUCACCUAAGCCUCAAUCUCCUUCCCAUCAAUCAGCUGCAGAGCCAGUCACUGGGAAAUUAUUUGGGUCACACAAGACUCAACCUACUGCACCACAGACAAAGAUGUUUGGGUUUGGCUCUUCCAUUUUCAGCUCUGCUUCCAACCUGAUCUCCUCUGCUGUUCAUGAUGAGCAACCAGCCCAGGCCUCCUCAAAUGCACCUCCACCUUCCCUACAGGGUAAGGGUCCACCUCCCAAGGAAAAGAAACCCCUUCAGGAGAAAGUGGACAAACCUCUAGCAGAAAGCUCAAAGGUAUCGACAACCUCUGCUCCACCUCCUAAAUCUUCACCGUCCAACUGUCCGCUCUGCAAGGUGGCACUCAACGUGGACUCCAAGGAUCCUCCCAAUUACGAUACCUGCACGGAAUGCAAAAACACUGUGUGCAACCUCUGUGGAUUUAACCCCAUGCCUCACAUCGCAAAGAAUGAGUGGCUCUGUUUGAGCUGCCAAACACAACGGGCCCUUGCUGGACAGCUUGGAGACAUGGGCAUGACGCCACCGCCCCCCCUCCCUGCCCCAGUAAAGCCAGCCAGUCAGCAGAAAAGUCAGGCCGUCCCUGCGAAAGAAGCCGCCCGUACAGGACCGACUGCUGCCCAAAAGGUCGCUGCUGAUCACAAGGCUCCAUCUGCCUCGAUUAGCAAAGCAGGUAGCUCUGCUUCUGAAACCACGGCUGCUCCUGCUGACUCUACAUCCCCUCAGAUAAAGGACCCCAAGUCCACACCUCCUGCAAAAGAUGCCACUCCUAUUCCUUCAUGUGAGAGUGCUCCUCUACGGCCUACAUCUCUACCUGCUCCAGAACCUCUUCAGCCGGAGCUUUGUCUUAAACACCCAGAGCCUGAAGCUGCACAUCCCGAGCUUAUACAUCCACCUGAAAUUGCACAUCCUCAGCUUAUACAUCCCCCUGAAGCUGCUGUUGCUUCUUCAGAAUCUGAACAUUUUGCAGAUAGCCCCCUCUCUGAAGUUGACACUCCUCCCCCUGAACCUCCUGCAGCUCCAGCUCCAGCCGCUGCCUCUCCUGAAUCUACAGCUUCGAGUACUUCCACUGAUACUUCUGCUGAACUAAGUUAUUCUCCUAAAGUUGAUGCUGCCACUCCUGGGCAUAUGUCCCCUGUUGUAGCUCACACAUUGGAACAGGCUACUGUCACUGGACCACUUGAGGCAAAUACAGAUUCUCUUUAUGAGCCUAGUUUUGCCCCUGAAGUUGUGGAUCCUUCGAAAGACACUGAGUUUCAUCUUGAGAGCAUUACUGCUGUUGAACCUACUCUUCCCCAUGAAGUUGCCAUUUCUUCUUCAGAGUCCAGUGCAGAUUUCUCUGAUUCUCAAAGUGCAUCUACAGAGUCUGCUACUUCUCAAAUUCCUUCUCCUUUGUUUGAGCCUACACCAUCAUCUGUAGAAGCCGCUGGCCACCCACAGCCUGAUGCUGAGUCUGUGCAGACUACCACUGUUCCUUCGCCGUUAAAACCUUCUCCAGAUGUUACUGUAAUAACAAAAGAAACUCCACCUCCUAACCCUGUCACUCCUCCAGAGAAGCCUGCUGUAGUACCUAUGCUUUCUUCUCACCCAGAAUCUAGAACUGUUUCUCUUGAAGCUGUUACUGCUCCUCCUGAACAUUUUCUUCCUCUUGCAUCAACUGCUACCCCUCCAGAAUUAGAAAUGGCUCAUCAUAAGUCUGCAGAUCAAGCAGAGGAGCUUCUUUACUAUGGUCCUGCUCAUCCACAUGAAGCUUCAGAGGAGGCAGGUGCAACACCAUCUCCAGCCAGAGUACUUUCAAGAACGACAUCAAUAGUACAACCUUCGGAAGGGAUAGAGGAAGAAAUCAAAAUUGAAGGGGCCCCUCUAGAAGAUAUAGACCCUGCUGCCCAGAGGAUCGCUUCAAGUCCUUCUGAUAUGACAAACUUAGAAUCAAGUACACUAACAACAUCCAGAGUUCAUCUAAGCAGAACCGACAAUCAUUUACAUGAUGAUGGAAAUGAAGAAAAAGACAGCCACAGGCCAAGAACCCUACUUGUAUCCUCAGAAUCGUACCAUACACAUGAAGUGCCAGGAGAGGUUCAGCAAGAGGGAGAGUCACUCUCUGUCAGCCACAGGAAGGUGAAGGUAAAUGAUGCAAUCACAAGAGGAGCACAAUUUUAUGAUUCUGUCAAGGACGAUACUGUGGUUGAAACCUCAACAUUACUGCAGGGAGUGCAGGAAAACCUAUCCAUCAGUGAAGAAGGGGAGGUUAAAAGGAAAUCCAUAACAGAGAGCCACCUGGAUUUGCACAAGGAUGAAAAGGGCGACAUACAUUGGCAGAAGCACAAACGGGAAGAGAGAAAGGGUAACGAGGGAGGUACCUCUGGGCAGUCCAAGAAGCUCGUCAAAACAACCAGUAUUAGCUAUGAUGAAGCUGAGGAAAGACCAUCUGAGAAUCAAGACCAUGAGUAUAGCUCUACUUUACCAUACAAAGACAUAGGCUCUGUACAACAGGGUUUAGCUGAUGAUGAGCUGGAAAGCCUACCUAAUUCCCCAGAGGACAGGUCAAAGGGUGAGGGAUCCUCCAGCUUUCAUGCAUCCAGUUUUACACCUGGGACAUCACCGACUUCAGUGUCUUCAAUGGAUGAGGAUAGUGACAGCAGUCCGAGUCAUAAGAAACUGAGUGAGCAAAGUAAGCAAAGAAAGGCUAGACACAGACAACAUGGCCACAUACUGCCAACUAUUGAGGACUCCUCUGAGGAAGAGGAAAUGCGAGAAGAAGAGCUCCAUAGGGAGCAAGACAGGUGGGGCGACAUGGAUCAGCAGCAUCUGGCGAAGAGGGGCUCCAGUAGAAAGUCUAAGAAAGGAAAAGAGGAGAUGAGUUCAGAGAGGAGAGGAGAGCAUCCAGCCACUCCUCCAAGGAAUCUCUCCCCCAUUGAAGAUGCCUCUCCAGCACAAGAGCUGCGACAGUCAGAGGAAAUGGAAAAACUCCACAGAUUGCCUGCAGAUUCCUCAGUCAUUGAACCUAAAUCUGAGGCAGCAGAGUGUCGUGCAAGUCAAAUUCCCGCUGUUCAGAAAAUAUGUGAACCGUCGUUUCAUUCUGCAGUCGAGGAGAAACCAAAGAAUCAAACUAAAGACCAAGUUCAAAUAGUGAUCCCAGAGCAAGGAACAGGUACGCUUUUAGUGCAUGAAGAGGAUAAAAAGGCACCAGAGGAGUAUGAAGGUAUGCCACAAGAAGGGAAGGAUUCAACACUGAAAGAACUGGAACCAAAACCAACUCAGAAGAUAAGUGAACAUCUGCAAGAGAUUGUGAUAAUGCCUCCUGUCAGUGAUAUUUGCUCUGUAGCUGUGUCUCCAAGUGACACAGAAAAGCAUGAAAACACUGUUAUAGUUGAGGCUGCAGUUAUGAGAUUAAUGAGUCAACAAAGCACCAUUGUAAGACCUGGAGCAAGUCCCACUCAAGCAGUUUCCCAUUCACCACAGGUGAUUUCUUCCAAAGAUGGCGUUACAGAAAAACCAGACCGUGCUGGUAAUCAAUUUGAUUAUGUCGAUUCAAGCAUAUAUUCAGAUAUUAGUCUCACUAGGACUGUACACCUUAUACCUGAUCUGAAAAUAACUCGGUGCUCAUCUGCAGAGGAAGAUGUAGAAGGAGACCAUGUUACAGAAAAGCAGGAUAUUGUCCCAUUGUCUGAUGCUCCACAAAUUCUCCAAGAGAAGUUUAAAGACAAGCAAGGAUUUAUAAUAGACAGCAGUGCUUAUAAACAAACUGCCGAUGAAAUGGAACCUAUAUCAGUUGUUUGUGAAGUACCCAAGUCAACAGUCACUGCACGUCCAGCCCCUCUCCCUGUUUCACUCACCACUUCUGCAGACACAGAGCCAGUAUCAAUGAUUUGUGUCCCACAGCCAGUGACUGUCCCAUCUCCAGCAGAAACACAAAACCUAGUUAAAGCUGGAGCUCCGCCUCUGGCUGUGGCUUUACCUCCUGUUCCAACUUCUUCUGAAUUGAAUCCGUUGACUGCUGUUUGUGUUGUAGCUCAAACGAUAUCUAGUUCAACUUCACCUUCGCUGCCAUUUCGUGAUUCAAACAUAUCACUACAUCCUACUUCAGUCCUUCCUCUUGAUCCAACUCCAGCUUCUGCCCUUGCUGAAUUGGAACCAAUAUCUGUUAUUUCUGAAGUCCCCAAAGUAACAGAUACGCCAGCUCCUCGUUCCACUUGUACGUCUGCUCCAGGUCCUGCUUCUUUUCUUCCUACAGUUUUACCUCCUGCUGAAAUAGAACCCUUAACAGUUGUCUGUGAAGUGUCUCAUGCAAAGGAUACUUCAGCUUCAUCACCUCCAGCACUAGACUUGUCUGCUGCAUCCUCUGAGAUUUCAGCUUCAAAACCACAUCCAUACUUAGAGAAAGCACCUCCAACCUUAGCCCCUGUCAUGGCUCAAGUCACUAUUUUAGUUCCAACCACUGUUCCAUCCCCAGAAUUAAAAUCAAGUUUAGAACUGGUUACAGUCUCUAAUGCAUCUGUCCCUGCAGCACCAGUGACAGCUUCCAGCAGCCAGGCCGCACCUCCUCCAUGUCCAUCACCACUUAAUUUGUCCACAUACAUGCAUUCUGUAGUUGUGGACAUACAACGUGGUGUGAAAGAUUCCACAGAUGUUGAGAGAUCAGUGGCUCCUCCUCAGUCAGAAACUGUCUCAAGCACCUUUACUUCUAAAUCACACACCAUGCCCCCUCUGAAAUCAUCUACAAAGGAGCACGUCGUGAUAUCAGUACCCAGCUUCGAUACUGAUUCCUUAAUUACCCAUUCAUCAAAAUAUGUGAAACCAGUGGACAGCUCUGUAUCUUCUGCAGUUGCUGGUGUUUCAUCCUUACCUGCUAUAACCCUGUACUCUUCCUCUCCGACAAGAAUCGGGUCUACUUCUGGUGCUCUAGUAACAUCUUCUGUUCGAACAGCACCCCCUAGUCCUGUAGCAUUGCACAGCUCCUCAUCCCGGGAAAGAGCAGAUGGACCUCUUGCAACGCAAUCCUUACCUCCCCCUUACCAACCUCAGCCACCUUUCUGCCUUAGAGACAUGCCACCUGUUCGAACACCACCACCACCACCACCACCUCCACCACCAAUAAUUUCACCUACUGGUCCACUGGCCCUUUCAAAACCUAUAACAAUGGCUCAUGUGACUAAACCAGUUAGAGACCUAAGUACAUCAUUCUCAAUGUACAGACCACAGGUGCCUCCACCAAUACUAUCACCUAUCCCAGAUAGGUUACCAGUCAAUAUUCAGCAAGAGGAGGCUCUUUUUCCUCAUUAUAAAUAUACUGUUAGUCAGCCACCUAUAACAAGCAGCACACUGCCCACAUCUCCACAUAGCGUCUCUGCACUGUCAUUAAAUUUGAGCACUUCACCAGAGUGCAAAAUUAAUGCAUCAUCACCUAAGUCGCCGCGGUCCCCAAGGAGUGGAAGUUCCUUAAAUGGAGCAUAUGUAGUCAUCACUUUACCUUCGCAGCCCAACUCACCAACUGAAAGCAUAACUACCCAAGUAUCCACAAAUAAAAAAGUGUUCCAAACAAAUAUGGCACAUCCGACCUUUGAUGCACCUAGUGCAUUUACUCCAUUUAAUCAAUACGCAAAGUCUGUGGAACAUCAGGGAACACAUGGAGGACACAUGGCUGUUUCAGUCUCUGGGCAGCCUGCUAGUUUUCCUAACCUCGUUACCCAAGUGGUCACCACAGAAGUUCAGAGAACAACGGUCUCUCUGAUCUGUGAAAGGUUACCACCUUCCCCCACUCCCAGAAGUCCUAGUAUUGCCAUUAGCAUUCCUUCAGAAAUGGCAACCAAAGUGCAACUAAAGCCAAAAGAAAAUGGCAUGAUUCCCUACUCUGGAGAUGUCGUGGAUCUUCGUACUUUGAAGAUCAGCAUUCCCAUGACCGAGAAAGGGAUGGAUCUGUCUUCCCUGGAUUCUCGGCGGCAGUCGUUUUCAAGUGAUAGCAGUGGACGUCCAACAAGUGCCGUACACUCUGCGAUAGUGAAUCUCAGUGCAGCAGCAUCACCGGUUCCCACCCUGUCUUUUGUUACUGACAGUAUAACUGUCACCUGCACAGCCACAGUGACACCCAGCAGUGUUAUGGACAGACCUUUGACUCAUGCUUCUGUUUUUUCAACUCCUCUUCAGCUAACAACAUCCAAGACAUUUGAGCCUGUUGCCCAAAUAAUAUAUAGGCCUCUAGAUUCAAAACCUGUGAGUAGCUUCUGUACCGACAGUCCCAUUAACCUUUCUCUUGGGGCGAUUACGGGCAUAGAAACAUUCAAGUCACCUAUUGGUGACGUUCCAGGGAGCAUGACCAAUGGCACCAUGUGUAUUGAGACCGGGGUGGUGGGGGCAGUGGACCUCACCAAAACAAAGCCGUUUCAAACUGUAGUCACUCUUGAGGAGUCGACCUCGGAGGUCCUCACCACUGUUGUUGAGGAUGACUCCCAGCCUGUGGAUCUUACAGGGGGACGACGAGCUGUCUGCUGCGACAUGGUCUACAAAUUUCCUUUCGCAGGAAUAUGCACGACACCACAGCCAGCCCCCGCCCUUCCUGAAGACCGCUUCGGAUACCGAGAUGAUCAUUACCAAUACAAUCGCUCAGGACCUGCUGGCAGCAAGCCUUUCUAUGGCAUGAAGCCCUCGAUGUCUGAUACCAACUUAUCCGAGGCAGGACUGUUCUUCUAUAAAAGCAAAAAUAGUUAUGAUUAUCCUAAUUGGCCAGUGGAGGGCGCUGUGGACUUGUCAUCUGGAAAAAUGUCCACAGGUGAAAUUAUGGACUACUCGAGUAGAUCAGCGGAGCGAUAUGCGAGGAUGACUCUUCCUCCAUAUGCUACCCAACGUCCAGCUGCUGGGACACACUUCAGUCUGAAUAGUGUCUUGAAAUGUUCGAAUGGAGUAGUGUACUCCUCUGUCGCAGCCCCCGUUCCUUCCACAUAUGCAAUCACGACCCAGCCGGUCUCCAUAUUUAAUACAGCAUAUAAAGAUUUCUCAGGAAUGCAUUCCAGUGGUGAUCAACAUCUUUCACCUUCAUAUAGUUUUUUGACCACCCCCACGAUGGGAGAUGGGGGUGUUCUCAUAGAAACCUGCAAGGAGACUCUCCCUUCGGCAUUCCCCGCAGUCGUUCCUAUGGCAACAGGGGCUCCUGGUGCAUACAUCGACGCACCACUGGAGACCGUAGCAGCACCGACACAAUCUUUCAGCGCUCCAGUCCUUCAGGGGUCUGACGACAGCCAGGAGCAACAGUUCCAGAAGGAGCGUGAGCUUCUGGAGCUGGAGAAGAUGAAGCAGCUUCGUCAGGCGGAGGAGCUCGAGUGGGAACGGCAGGAGAUGCAGAUGUUCCGGGAGCACGAGCAGCUCAUCGUCCAGCAGGAACUGGAGAAGCUGCAGACGAUGAAGCAGCAGCUUCUCUUCCAGCAGGAGGAGGAGCGCCAGGCUCACCUGAUGAUGCAGCAGGAGACGUACGCCCAGCAUCAGCUACAGUUGGAGCAGAUACACCAACUCCAGCAGCAGCUCCAGCUGCACUUACAGGAGCAAAAGAUGAGAGAAGUAUAUGGCUAUGAUCCCUCUGAGGGGGUUCCUCCGCUCAGCGGUUCUGAGCAGAUACCACAGGACAUUCAGUACGUAGGACAUGAUGACACACAGUUCUGGCCAGUGAAGGAUGAGACCACCGCAGCUCCCGUGGUUACUGGGUUUGAGACCCCACAGAACCCUGCCUGGUUUUCAGCUCCCACUCAGGGAGUUGGCCAAUAUAUACCAAUCAUGCCAGGAUCUGAGGUGGCCCAAAAGGAGUCAGAUGGGCAGGUUCACCUCCAGCUCAGCAACACAAUACAGCUUGAUGGCCAGAAGACAACAGUAGACAGUGGGGUCCAGGCUGACAGUGAGGAUGUAGCGGACAGGGCUUACGCUGGGAGGAGAAGGAGGACCAGGAAGAGCGUGGACAGCAGUGUUCAGACAGAUGAGGAGGACCAAGAUGAGUGGGAUGUCCCCAGCAGGAGCCGGCGCCGGGCACGGUCCAGCAGAUCGGCAGAGGGAGAGAAGGGGAAGCAGUCCUCCAAGUUAUCCAGCAUUGCCAUCCAGACGGUAGCCGAAAUCUCAGUGCAGACAGAACCCUCUGGGUCUCUGAAACGGCCGUCAGUCAGGGCCCACGUUGAUACUAAGGUGGAGUUAUGCUCCCCAGAGAAGUCGCAGAGGGGCGGCAGCUUGACUUCGGAGAGGAGGUCUCCCCAGAGAGAUAAGAGGAGGCCAGGCCCUUUAGAGAUAGGCUACUCCGCUCACCUGAAAGCUGACGGGUCCUCUCUGCAGAUAGCGCCGUCCACUCCCAAGUCUCCCAAGGUGCUGUUCUCGCCCGUCUCUCCUCUUUCCCCCAAGACCUCUCUGGAGUACGUCUCUUACGAAAAAUCCGUCGGAGAUUCCAGCCCGCAUAAUACUUUCGGCUCUGAGUCCUCAAAUGCCCCGAACGGCACACAGCCGCUGGACAUGAACUUGUCAAAGCUCACGGCAGACAGGCAGACGGGCUCCAGCUUCCACUUCUCCGACAGCUAUUCAGGACCCAAAGGCACCCAAAAGAAAGUGAAGCGUACUCUCCCUAACCCACCCCAAGAAGAGGAGCCCAUGCUCAGCUCUUGUGGCUACAGCACUGGCUCCGCCCGCAGGCGCCUUUGCAGGAACAUCACCAUGGCACGCGCCAAGAUCCUGCAGGACAUCGACAGGGAGCUCAGCCUCGUGGAGCGGGAGUCCUCUAAGCUCCGCAAGAAGCAGGCCGAGCUGGAUGAGGAGGAGAAGGAGAUCGACGCCAAGCUGAGGUACCUGGAGAUGGGCAUCAAUCGCAGGAAGGAUGCGCUGCUGAAGGAGCGAGAGAAGCGGGAGAGGGACUACCUGCAAGGGGUCGCCGAGGAGCGCGACUACAUGUCGGACAGUGAGGUCAGUAACAUCCGCGAGCCGACGGCGGAUAGCCACAUGCUCGAGAGACCCAAGACGGCGCCGCAGUCGGACCUCGAGCAGUUCAUCCCACCACAGGGUGCGAAAAAGAGCCCGUACUCUGUGUACCAGUACGCCUCGCCGACACAGACCCCCCCGCAGACCUUCUACGAGUGUGCACAAGCAUCACCAUACCAGACUCAGUCCAUUUACACGGAACCCACACUGUCCUACCCCCAGGUGUCACACCAGCACUCUGGGUCACAAGUGUACCAGAAAUCCCGGCAUUCCACACUCUCCGAAUUGGAGACGAAGAUCACCACCAACUAUGAGAUCAUACGUAACCCGAACGUGCUGUUGGGCCCCUCUUCUGCAGACAGUACCUUUGACCUAGCCCAUCUCGGGGGCAAAUAUAGCAGCCUGAGGAUGGGUGUAGAUGAAAGAGGUAGCAUCGCCAGCAGCCCUAUGUCUAGCAUCUCUGCCGACUCCCUGUACACAGAUGUAGAUCAUCAUGCCCCCAAGAGCUACGUCCUGCUCAAUGACAUCAGUGAGCUUACGAAGGGUUCCACUGGACUGUCCUCCAGCUUCAGCAUUCCCGACAAAGACCUGGCCAAAGCCGACCGGCUGCUCCGUGCCGCAGAGUUGCGGGACUUUCUGGGGCCGCUGCAGGCAUCUUCCAGGCUUCAUCCUUGCAUGAAGGUCCAGGAAGAUGCCAUGGAGGAACCCUAUGAGCUGAAGCUCCUGAAGCAGCAGAUAAAGCAGGAGUUCCGCAGAGGGGCGAGCGGCCUGGACCCCUUGACGGGCCUGCCCCACUGCUACCCCAGCGACAGUGGCUACCGGCACUUUCCCAGGACUGAUAAGUACAGCAUCGGUCGGCUGACAUUAGAGAAGCAGGCGGCAAAGCAGCUACCGGCCUCUUUGCUCUACCAGAAACAAGCCAAACAUAAAAAGGCCACGCUGGACCCAAAACUCACAAAGUUUUCUUCUAUCCAUGAAAGCAGAGACCUUGGGCUGGAUUACAGUAGCUAUUUAACACCCAGUGGCACGUCACUUAGCGGUCUCACAUCCCGAUCACGGCUGCUGCAGGACAAUUUUACUUUUGGACUGAGGAAGAACAUCACAGAGCAGCAAAAAUACCUUGGAUCCAAUCUUGGAGUUAGUAUUGCACAAUCUCUCAAUCUAGGACAAUCAUUGAACCUAAGCCCCCACUCAAGAGUACACCUCCCAGACAGCGCUGUGUAUCCCAGUGGUAGCAGGUCGCGACCUUCUUCCAGGCCAUGCUCGGUCUACGGAAUUGACCUUUCCAUCAAGAGGGACCUGUCCAGUUCUUCACUGAGAUUAAAGAUGGAGAGUGAUGGUACCUCUAUCCUGAGGGCCAAGCCAUCCAUCCUUCCCAUCAGCCAGAGCAGGGGACGCAUUCCCAUCAUAGCGCAGAACUCCGAGGAAGAGAGUCCACUGAGUCCUGUUGGCCAGCCAAUGGGAAUGGCUCGGGCGUCCGCGGGCCCCCUCCCACCCAUAUCAGCUGACUUAAGGGACCAGUUUGGCUCCAGUCACUCCCUCCCUGAGGUACAGCAACACAUGAAGGAGGAGUCCAGGUCACGGGUGGAAUCCCGUGCACGUGUGUACGAGCGAGACUUAGCACUGCUGACAGAGGACAUGCAAAGCGUUGUGUCCGACAGCGAAGCGUAUCACCUACGGCAGGAAGAGAUGGACUGGUUUAAUGGGCCCCGGGAGGGACGUGUCAUGAAUGGGAACACUGGCUUGCACAAGCAGAUCCAUCAGCUUGGAGAGGUGAAGCCCCGCUACCCUUACCCCUACGCUCGAGUGAACGUCCAGAGAGACCCUAACGACCACAGCGUUUCAGGUGCUGGACUUGGCAUCCGCGUCGUGGGUGGGAAGGAGAUCCCAGGGAACAGCAGGGAGAUCGGAGCAUAUGUGGCCGAGGUUUUCCCCGGCUCUUCCAUAGAACAUGCAGGGAAGAUCGUGGAAGCACACAUGAAGCUGAACGGCCACAUGACCUGUCAGUCAGGAAUGCAGGUUCUGGAGUGGGACGGGAUUCCUCUGACGGGUAAAACAUUCGAGGAGGUCCAGGCCCUCGUGAUGCGAUCAAGCGGCGAAGUAGAAAUCUGUGUCAGACUGGAUCUGAACAUGCUGUCCGAUUCAGGUCACCUCCAGUGCCUGGAACUUCUGGACCAACCGAAAGCUGGAGACAGGCAGAGGUCCCCCGGAAUCGAUCCGAAGCAGCUGGCCGCCGAACUGCAGAAGGUUUCUCAACAGAAGUCACCUUCUUCGGUUCUGCCUGCCAUGGAGAAAGGGCCCCGAGCCCACCCAGGUGCCACCCCCAGCCCGGCUCGGCCGGGAUCGCCCUCUGUCAGCAAGAAGCGGCAUAGCAGCAAGCUUGCAGAGCCAAUAAAGACCCAGAUGCAUCCAAUAACAGGCGAUAUCCAGCUUCAAAUCAACUAUGACCGCAGUCUGGGCAACCUCGUCGUCCACGUCCUGCAGGCAAGGAACCUCUCCCCCAGAGAAGGCGGCGGCUACUCUGACCCUUUUGUCAAGGUGUACCUGCUCCCCGGGAGGGGCCAAGUGAUGGUUGUCCAGAAUGCCAGUGCUGAGAACAAAAGACGGAGCAAGUCUAUGAACAAAAGCCUGAACCCAGAGUGGAAUCAGACGGUCAUUUACAAGAACAUCCACCUGGAACAGCUGAAAAAGAAGACCCUGGAAGUGACCGUGUGGGAUUAUGAUCGCAUGGGCUCUAAUGACUUCCUGGGUGAAGCGCUGAUCGACCUGUCGAAUACAGUGCAGCUGGAUAACACUCCCCGGUGGCUGGCCCUCAAGGAGCAGGGCGACGUUAUCGACCACAGCCGGGCUCCCACAGGCCAGAGCGCACUGGGGUCUAAGACCUCCGUCAUCAAGAGCCGGAGCCAUGGCGUCUUCCCUGAUCCGUCCAAGGACAUGCAGCUCCCCACUAUCGAGAAGUCCCACAGCAGCCCCGGCAGCUCAAAGUCCUCCUCCGAGGGACAACUCCGCUCCCACGGUCCAUCCCGCAGCCAGAGCAAGAGCAGUGUGGGGCAGCCGCUUCCAGAAGAGCCCGUGCCGGGCACCGACCCGACCAUCCAGCAUCUGCGCACCCAGCCAGUGCGGCCCAGCCAGAGGACACCCGGCAGCACUGUGAAGAACACCUCCAUUGUGAGCACCUUCGCUGCCACCGACCUCAACCUGGAGGAGGAGGACGGUGCCGAUGCUGUAGACAGCGCCAUCUUCCAGGUCCCACAGAUUGGGAAGACCAUCCCAAACGGGACAGAUGGCACGCGGGGACCUGACCACCUGGGGUCUGCAGAAAACAUAGGUAAGACGCAGGCCAUGGGGGAAAUCAAGGUGGCCCUGAAGAAGGAAACAAAGACGGAGGGCGAGCAGCUCGUGGUGGAGAUCCUCCAAUGCAGAAACAUCACCUACAAAUUCAAGUCUCCAGACCAUCUCCCAGAUCUGUACGUGAAGCUGUAUGUGGUCAACGUGGCCACGCAAAAGAAGGUGAUCAAGAAGAAGACAAGGGUGUGCCGGCAUGACCGCGAGCCCUCCUUCAACGAGACAUUCCGCUUCACCCUCAAUCCUGCGGGCCACUCCAUCCAGCUCUUCCUGGUGUCCAAUGGGGGUAAGUUUGUGAAGAAGACUCUGGUGGGAGAGGCCUACAUCUGGCUGGACAAAGUGGACUUGAAGAAGAGGAGUGCUAGCUGGCACAAACUUCUGGCCAGCUCCCCCCAGAGCCACCCCUAGGGGUCGCCGCUGCACGGCAGGGUUCCCCCUGGGGAGGGGCAGCGACAGGGAUCCUGAGCUGCUGGGAGGCACUGGCACCUUGUGGUGGGGGCAGACCGUAAUGGGGAGGCAGGGAUCUCGGUCAGCUUUCCUGGUCUGUGAGUGUGUGGAGUAAACAGAGGCUCAAGAAAGAUGGCGGUUAUGGGGGAGGAAGAGAGGUAGAUGGAUGGAGGCAGAGCAGACUACACAUCUCAUCCCAGCCAUGAGUCUUUCUUUGGAUGCACGAGAAACCAUACUAGCAGAUGCCAGGCUCCGAGUAGGAGCCUGAGGCUAAAGGGGGCACGUGCGCAGGUGCCCGCCCAUCUGGCUCCGAGGUGCCCGGGUACGAGGCGGUGUGCUCUCAUUGUGCUCCCCCUGGCCUUACUCACAGCAUUGGGCUCCCAGUCUCACCAUCUGCGCCCGGCCUGUGCGCAGAGCGCCUUCCAUUCAUUCUAGUGAUCGUCCGUCUAAUAAUCCUGGCUCAUACAAUGUAUAUACUGGACAGAGGCGAUAGAUUACCAGGGAAGGUUAUGUCUGACUCGCAGGCUAACUUAGAUAGGCACAUACUUAACAAGAAUAUUAUGAAUGCACAUGUAGAGGUAGUGGUUGGGUAGCUAUUUGCCUACAGACGGUUGACUUGCUGGUUCAGACUAUCAGUCUGUCUUGUAGGAUUGGAUCAUCUGGUUCUAAUUUCGUUUAAUGUGACAUUUAAAGCACAAAAUCUUACAUUUCUUAUUGUACUAUGAGUCACACUUAGAUAAUUUGCACCUUGAACUGAAUGAGAGGUACUGCUCUGUUUGUCUGUCGACCAAAUAGAUAGAUGCUACAGUAAAACUUAAUCUAUUCCUACAAAAGCUUUUUUCCAGAAAAGAGGUUCUUUUGAAACGCGGGCUGUGGGCAGAAGCAGUGCGUGACGUCACAGCGAGCUGCCUUAGUGGCAGAGUUGCCAGGUCCGCAGUUUUCCCGCCCACUUGAGCUAUUUUGAAAGUACAGUUGCGGGUAAAUAUUAGGAGGUCGCGGGUUGCGGGUACUUGGGCUGCUGUCAUGAUGUCUGCGGCAGCGGACUGUAAAGGAAACAGAAAUUAAUCAUUAUCAAUGCAAGUGGCUCCUAAUGCUGAGUAACAGUGAAUCGCUAUAGUCACCGAAAGUCAGGGACGGACGCAGACAGAAAGCAGGGCUGCCAACUCUCACGCAUCUGCCGUGACUCUCACGCGUCUGCCGUGACUCUCACGUAUCUGCUGUGACUCUCACGCGUCUGCCGUGACUCUCACGCGUCUGCCGUGACUCUCACGCAUCUGCCAUGACUCUCACGCGUCUGCUGUGACUCUCAUGUGUUGGUUCUCAUGCAAGCAAUCUUAUUCCCUAAUGCACAUACAUGUAAAUGCGUGUGCAGAUUAGUCUCGAAUUGAAAGUCUAAACUGAAAGCCAGCUGGAAAAGAGAGUGUGUCUAUGUGACAUCAUUGUGUUUAACUGUGGUUUUAAAAUGUCGAACAUUUGAAUGUCAUCAGCAUGCAAAAUACUGGUUUAUUUCUUUGAAAUACAGUAUACUUGAAUUUCAGAUAUUGGGCUAGUUUCAGCUUCCGUUGGGCGGAUUUUAAGCCAACCUUGGGCUGGAGAGUUUUGCCGGACCUGGCAACACUGCUUAGCGGCCCUUGAGGUCGCUGGCGCUGACCCAAGGAAUCCCAGGGCGGCGUCUUACUGGAUGUGUUUUGCUCCCAUGGUGGAUGGUUAUGUGUGUACAUUUCGAAGGAGGUGGUGUUAAUUGUAUCAUAGUCUGUGAUUGUUAAUUGCUGUUAAAAAAAAAAAAAAGUCUAUUUAAUAAUGUCCUCUCCGGUGGUCGCCCUGCUUGAUCCCGAGAUGAAUCCCGUCUGGGGGCUCCCGGAACCCUCCCGACACACGACCCUCGACAUAUUUGCCUGUGUACGAUUUCCUUCCUGUCAGUUACCGUGAAACGUCACCGUCGUAUCCUGGGAUACCUGCACCUUCCAGACAGUGACCGUCAGUUUUUGUUCUUUUGUUAUUUUGCUAGUGGUAAAUCGUCUUAUGGCCGAGCGUCUGAUUUUGCGUGUGCCAAUCUUAUUUUAAAACCAAAUCCAUGGGUUCUAUUGGCGUAUUUUGCGACCCUUCUAUGCAACAUGGCAACGAUGCCUUUUCUUAACAACUAAAAACAGCACAUGCGUAUAUAUAACUAUAUAUAUAUAACUAUAUAUCAUUAAAUAAUAUAUAUGAAAUGGUUCUAUAUUAUUUGAACAGAAGUGCUUAUUGUAAUAUUUCCGUUUUUUACAUUCUUGCUGGGUUUGCGUGAAGUGCGCUUUCCGUUCUGUAUUCCCACCUUUUCCACAUUUCACUUCCGUUGUUCCAUUUGGCUGCUGAGGUGACGCAGUCACACGUGUGACAUGCAUGAUCCUUCCUUUGCAGACAUAUCACUCACCUCACGGGAAGCGGCUUUCCGUCUCGUAAUACAUUUAAGCAUAAUUAGGCAGCGAGUCCCUCCACAUGACCCAUAAAACGUUUGUGAUCAUGAUCGUGAAAAUGUGAAAAAUCACCAAGCGUUCCUUUUCAGAUGUAUAUGCGCUGAAUAUGUUGGUCCGGUUCCAAUGUUCCCUCACGUUUCCAUACGUCCAUUCCUGUUGUUGUUCCAAUGUUUACUAGUGAACAAAAAAAUGACAAUAAUAAUUAUAUAACUGUGAGGAAAAUGGUUCCUACAUGUAACCCUGUAAAUACCUUGCAUUGUUUUUAUACCAGAGGACAUUUUAUUAUUUAUUUGGUCUGCCAUUGAGCAUGUGAAUGUGAAAACUCAUUUCAAAGCAAAUAUUUUUUACUGAUCUACGUGGUCGCCCAUGGAGCGAAGCGAUAACCCCGCAUUUUGGCUAAAAUGAGUGUAAAAUCUCAACCCAGGAAGGUCUAGACAUCGACGCCCAGGACAGUGACACCGCCAUCAGCUUGUGUCCGCGCGCUCGAUAUUGCAUGUGUCCUUGAUGGUUUGUUAGUAUUUUUGCUUAUAUGUAAAACAAAACAGAAUGAAUGGGGAGAAAAACCACAUGUAUGUAAAGUGUACAUGUAUGUAAAGCAGUAUUCUCACUGUACAUGCCUGUAAAAUUUGUCUGGGUUUUCACUAGAUGUAAAAUGGUUAUGAGACACUUUGAAGUCACGGUUAUGUGGUUGUCCACAGGAUGUAUUGAGAUUUUAUGCAAAUUGUGCUGUAAAAACAGCUGUUUCCCAUGAGUCUAAAUAAUAAAUAUAUAUUAAAUACA